AUGGCUUCUGAGUUCAUCGGCUAUUCGGUUAUCGUGAGCUUGAGAGCACCACCCGGCGGGAAGCUUCAGGGCCAGGUUGCUGAUGUCGUUGGGCAAACUUUGCUUCUCCAAAAUGUAACUCUUUUAUGGAAUGAUCAACGUCUCCCCAGCUAUUCUGUGGAUGCCUCUGGAAUUACCGACCUCUCUUUGCAAGAAACCAAAGCACCUCUUACACGCCCCCAAAAUGUGUCGCAAGAAAUUCCCAGGGCUCAAUCUGCUCGAUCUCAACCCCCCGCAGUUCAAUCUGAAACCCCUGCACAGCAAAACUUCGUCGACCCAGCUAUUUUAAGCUACUCCAAACCCCCUAACAAACCCGCCAACCCUCCUACCCAGUCUCACCUAGUCCGCCAUGGUACUAGCCAGGUACCUGCGCCAGUCGCGGCAUCUCUCUCUGAGCCAUUCAGUAACCUCGAGUUGAAUGUCAAGACUGGUACUGGGAAUGGCGCACUGCGAGGACCCUCUCAAGAGACGGAAUAUCAAGCUUCGCAGAACCUUACUCCUACCAAGCAAACCUCAAAGCGCAACAGACCUGGCAAUGAAGGCUUUAUGGGCAAGCGUGGUGGUGCCGCAAGCACCAAUCCAAAGAGCAAAGGCUGGCGUCAAACUGCGUUUGUGGAGCCUGCGGGUCCGGCUGCCCAAGCAUCACCCGAACAUAUCAUGCGGCAACCUGCGAAGCUUCGCAAGAAGAAGGCGCGCCGCCCGUACGCCGAGGAUAAUAGUGGCUGGGCUACUGAAGAUGCGACCGAUAUUCAGGAGCUGGGCGACUUUGAUUUUGAAAGCAACCUUUCAAAAUUCGAUAAAACGCGGGUGUUUGAGGAGAUUCGAAAUGAUGAUACUACUGCAGAUGAGGCCCGUCUAGUGAGCUUCAAUCGAUUGCCAAAGCCCGGCACCAACGACGGCAAGAAUCUUCACUGGUCAGAGAAUGUCCUUGAUAGCCCACCAAACAGUGAUACUGGCGAUGAUGCCGCGGGCAUUAGCGAUGCCAGACAUAGCAGCGAAAAUAUCUCCGGGCGUGACCGAUCCCGCGCAACUGGACGGAUCCAACCAACUCGCAAGAGUAGUGCUAUAAUGGGCCAGCCUUUGAUGCCGCAGAUCAACGUUUUGGCUCGCAGCCAGUUGAAUACUUCUCGCACCUCUAGCCCGCACCCGGGUCGGUCAUCUGUAUCCCCCUUAGUCAGCUCCAAUACAUCAGUACCAACCCUCAGAUUGACCACCACCAAUCGCAGCUGCCCAACUGUGAGCCCUCUCCAAACACUUGAAGUUGAGCAGAUUGCGGUAGCUGAGUUUGGACUGAGUGAGGAUAUUAUCACGGAGAAUGCCGGCCGCGGAAUCGCAGAAGCAGCGGUUGCUCUCUUAUCUAGCGAUGCUGCUGCGCCGACGAUACUGAUUGUCACCGGGAAUCAUCGCACUGGGGCCAGGGCUAUCUCUGCUGCACGUCACCUGCGCAACCGUGGUCAUCGUGUCACUGUUUGCCUUCUAGGCCUUGACUAUGAGAGUGAGUUGCUGGAAAAUUGCCGCAAGCAACUGGAUAUCUUCAGAAAGAUCGGAGGCCGUGUGUCAAAGUGGGAGGAUCUGUCAACUCGCCUCUCAACUUCUGAUCUGAGCCCCGACUUGGUUAUUGAUGCCUUGUUCGGCAUGCACCUUGCCUUUGAUGACCUCCGAACCGAUGAUCAGGGUGUCGCUUUUGAGAUAAUCUCCUGGGUCAACCGAAGCAACCUAGAGGUGCUUUCGGUGGACAUUCCGUCUGGCAUGUCGGCCUCAAAUGGUGAUAUUACUAUGGUUGAUGGUGGUCAGCUCUGUGUUAAUGGCUCGUCGGUUGUGUGUCUUGGAGCACCAAAGACCGGUGUUCUCAAUGCUCUACUUUCUGGCGAUGGACACUCGUGGAACCUCAGUGUUGCUGACAUCGGCAUUCCUCAGAUCGUCUGGCGAAAGUACGGCACCCGUCGUCGACAUGGUAUCGACUUUGGCAACCGCUGGGUUGUAACACUGCGAUAUCAGCCCGCCAUUGCCUAA